CCCGUCGGCUGGGAAUUCGCAUGUAGCGAUGGUGAAGUCGUAUCGAGGUCGGGAACUUGCAUAUAUGAAUUGAAUCGCCCUCCUGGCGGAUUGCUUUCUUGUUGAUCUCCGUUCUCACCCACACUUCCUAUCUCGGGCACAAAUAGGUCCUUUGAACUGUCGCCAGGAACCUGUGGGCAAUCGGUCACGAUGCAUAUCCAAUCCCUCGCCGUGCCCCUACUGGCGGCGUCUCUUCCCCUCGCCUCUACCCAGCUCGACUACUACGCGAAGAAGGCUGGUCUGCUGUAUUUUGGUGCUGCAACUGACACCCCAGGGCAGCGUGAGCGGGCCGGUCUGGAGGCAUCUUACGAGCAGUACGAUGCCAUCCUCGACGACACCAACGAGUUCGGCCAAACAACCCCGACCAAUGGCCAGAAGUGGCUCUUCACCGAACCCGAGCCAGGUGUCUUCAACUUCACCGAGGGCGACAUCGUCACCUCCAUCGCCGAGGAGAACGGCCAGCUCCUUCGCUGCCACGCCCUCGUCUGGUACAGCCAGCUCGCCCCCUGGGUGGAGACGACGGAGUGGACACCCGAGACGCUUACCGAUGCAAUUGUCCGCCACAUCCAUGAGGUGGCCGGGCAUUACAAGGGCAAGUGCUACGCCUGGGACGUCGUUAACGAGGCCCUCAACGAGGACGGUACCUACCGCGAGUCCGUCUUUUACAACGUUCUCGGCGAGGAGUACCUCAAGCUGGCCUUCCGCACUGCGGCCGAGGUCGACCCGACGGCGAAGCUGUACUACAACGACUACAAUCUCGAGUCCCUCGGCCCCAAGAGCGAGGGCGCUAGGCGCAUCGUCAAGCUGCUCCAGGAUGAUGGUAUCCGGGUCGACGGUGUCGGCAUGCAGGCCCACCUGGUUGCCCAUCGCGCGCCGAGUCUGGACCAACAAAUUGCCGUCAUUCGAUCGUACGCCGAGCUUGGUGUUGAGGUUGCCCUGACGGAGCUGGAUGUCCGCAUCGAGCUCCCUGUCAAUGAGACGAACCUCGAGUGGCAGAAGGAGGCUUACAAAAAUGCUGUCGGUGCCUGCGUUCAGGUAUCUGCCUGCGUCGGUGUUACUAUCUGGGACUUCUACGACGCCUUCAGCUGGGUUCCUUACGUCUUUGAAGGUGAAGGCGCCGCCCUUCUCUGGUUUGACGACUUCAGCAAGCACCCUGCCUACUACGGUGUGCUCGAGGCGUUGAAGAACAAGACUGCUGCGCCGUGCAGGAGGAGACGGGCUCUUGACUCUGGCAAGAGCAAGAAGCUCUUCUAGAUUUAAGGCCUUUGUGUCCUGCGGGAGACAGCCCCGUAACCUGUGGUGGUCGACCAGUUACCCGGGUCAGACCAAGUCCAACUUGGCGGCUGGUUACGUGUAAGGAAUCGUAAUUAAAUACUGUAAAUACGCAAAAGUGGCUUCUCGGGCAGAUGGAAACCGCCGUCCAUAGUGCCUACAUGUUCUACAAAGAUUCC